AUGGAGGAUGGAACAGAGCAGACGAAUUCCGCAGUUGAUGAUUGGCAUUCGAUUCAAGGUGAUCUUGUUAUUGUUCUUGCAAUCGUUCCUUUUGUUAGUGAAGGCAUUGUGGAUGGUUCAGUAGAUGUUGAUGGAUCUUCAUCAAUUACAGUUGAUCAAGAUUUGGUUGGUUUGGUAGUAAGUAAUGCUGAUGAGGCUUUUGAGGUGUAUAACAGUUAUGCAUAUACACUUGGUUUUAGUGUGAGGAAGGGUCAUCAACGAUACAAGGGAUCUUCGAACACAAUUCAAAUGAAGAAAUUUUGUUGUUCUAAGGCUGGUUACAAGGCUAACAGUGGGGUUAAGGCUUAUUCCAAAAUUGACACAAGGACAGGGUGUGGAGCGUUUGUUCAAUUUGACGUGGGUGAUGAUGGGUUGUGGACAGUUACGAAACACGAGAAAGUGCACAAUCACGAGUUAUGUGUGUUCAACAAGAGUCAUCUACUUCGUUCACAUAGGAGUGUCGGAGAUAAUCAGCUCUUAUAUUUACAAGGUUUGAAGGACAGUGGUGUUGCAUUGGCAGAUGGUAUUAGGUUCCUAAAACACCAAUCGGGGGGGUCCCCUUUAGUUGGUUUCACCAGUAGAGAUGCUUAUAAUUCAAUGGCUGCAGAUACUGUCAAGCGAUUGGAUGGAACGGAUUCUAACUCUUUAAUUGAAAUUUUUAGGAGGAGGCAGUCUACCGAGACUGAUUUUUUCUUUGAUUUUGAACUUGACUUGGAUGCAAGGUUGUGCAGUUUUUUUUGGAGGGAUGGUCAAAUGAGACGAGAUUACGAGGUGUUUGGGGACUUGUUAGUGCAUGAUACGACAUAUCGCACAAACAAAUACGAUAUGAUUUGUGCCCCUUUCGUAGGGAUGAAUCACCAUUGCAUGAAUGUAAUGUUUGGAUGCGGGUUUUUGAUGAACGAGAGGAUAGAAUCGUUUGUGUGGUUGUUUAAAGUGUUUUCAAGAUCAAUGGGUGGCAAGUCUCCACAGACUAUUAUGACAGAUCAAUGUGCAGCUAUGGCUGCUGCUAUAUCUAAAGUGUUUCCAACAUCACGUCAUCGUCUUUGCAUAUGGCAUAUCGAGACCGAAGCUGAAUUUCAAUUCUAUUGGACAAGGUUGGUGACUGACUAUAAAUGUCACAAGAAUACUUGGUUAGAAAAGCUAUAUGACUGUAGGGAGAAGUGGUGUCCAGCAUUUAACAAGGACUAUUUUUCUGGGGGCAUUCUAUCAUCACAAAGGAGUGAAACUACAAAUCAUUCGAUUUCUAGAAGGUUGUCCAAGACAGCAGGUCUUUGUGAUUUCUAUUCAUCGUUUGUAAGCGUAAUUUCUGAAUGGAGAAGUAAAGAGAACGGUGAAGACUUUCGGUGUGCUCAAGGGGUACCCGCUAUGAUGAUGGAGCAUGUGAAACUUCUUUCACAUGCUAGAGAGGUAUACACGAUUGAGAUAUAUUUUCUGUUUGAGGAACAAUUCAUGAAAGGCAGUGCGUGUCAUCAAGAGAUGGUGUUGAAUGAUGGCCGUCAACAGAAGUAUCACGUGUGGCGGCCAGAUAUAGAUAUUAUAAGGCAUGAGGUUAGUUUUAACGCAGCCAACUUGGACAUUUCUUGUAGUUGCAAGUUGAUGUCUGAGUUGGGAAUUCUAUGUUGUCAUUGUAUACGCAUUCUUCACGUACAUUGUGUUUCUAGUAUUCCCGACAAAUAUAUACUUAAAAGAUGGACUAAAAAGGUUAUUGAUGGUAGGAAUGUCAACAUUGAUUCUAUGGUUUAUAAUGUUGGUGUUCCUCCAUCAAUUUGGGUGUUCGAUAUUAGUAGAAAAUUUCAAAGAUUAGUUGUGUCUAGUCAAGAUAGCAGCGUAGCGAGGAAACUGUGUGACGAGGCUGUUGAUGAUGUAAAGAAAAAGGUUGAAGCCGAGGUUGGGCAUGUGCAUAUUGAAGAGUGUGGUGUUUCAUCUUCAAGUGGUGGUGUUCAAAAUCCUUCAAGUCGGAGAUUGAAAGGUGAGCGUAACAAAAGGAGGAGUGGUGUUAUUGAAAAGAAGUACAGUCUUGCAAGGGGGAGAAGGAGUGCUGCAAAUAAAGCUGCAUUGAGUACAAAGGGUGCUGUUCAGUCUUUGGUGUUGGAAAACAUAUCCAAGCUUGCUGGGGAUGGAUACCUUGUACAUCCAAGUUCUUCAAGUUCAGAUUUUGUUCAGUUUAGUAAGGGUUUAGAUGACAAUGUAGGUGUAGAUUGA